UCUUUACAGUUGUCUGGAUUGCUCUUAUCAUGAUUCAUUCUCUUUUUUUUUUUUGCACUAUUGCGCGAUUUUAAGAGCCAGUAUUCUUGUGGCGGGUCCAUAAGUUGGUGAUAUAUGAAUUUAAGUGACCUUGUCCUGGAAUAUGGGGGCUUGAAGACUAGACCAUUGCCGAAGAAGGUGGAUGGUAAUGUUUCUCAGAAUGUAAAACAGACCAAGUUGCACAAGAAAAAAGAAAUAGGGCAAAUUGACUAUGAUUCACUAGGGGAUUUCGUGGGAAAAAAGCAGCGUAAUAUAGUGAUUCAGUCACCAUCGAAUUCCGAAACAGACUUGCGAUCGGAGGCGGACAUUGUUCAGUUCUCAAAGUUGAACGACGUUUUUGUGUUUUCACCGACGGCGUCACAAAUGACGUCAGAAGUUCUUCCUGGAGUUGUUUCUACUGCGUCGCCGUCUCUGACAGCGGUUUGCCCUGAAGGUGAGCGAGGAUCCGAGUCGUUACUGAACACGGGCUCUACUGAUGGCUUAAAAGCUUCGGUAGAGGUGACACAGGCUGAAGGCGACAUUGUUUCAUCGCCUCACGAGUCUGAAAUAUGUGGAGAGCAUUCUGACUGUCAUGCAAAUACUCAUUUCAAGCAAGUUUAUGGCCCUCAUUUUAUCUUGCCAUCACAACUUCCUCCCCCAGACAGUUCGCACUACGUGUUUAGAAACACGCGAACAGGUAAUUUAGAGCAGAGGGGCUUCAGAGGCAGAGAGGGAAAGACGGUUUCUCUCCACGAGCCAAGGGAGCUGUCAAGUGUAAAAAGUCGUACAAACCCUUUUUUUUGCGAGUCGUGCGAGAAGAAUUUCAGCCAAGCCGACAAAUUUCAGAGGCAUUUAGCACGGCACGUCGGCUGUGGAUAUGAGAACUGCACUUACAGAGCAGUUCCUGCACUUGUGAAACACCACGAAAUCUUACACGAACGAAAUGUGUUAAAUUUGGAAACUCCAGAGGAAAUCGAAAGGUACAUACAAGAGCGUCGAAAGCGGUUCCCGAAGGUGGCGAAACAGUUGGCGCUGGAGCGUCAAGCUCAACAGUCCGAGACUCAAGAUGCUAGUUUGGAGCAGAAUUGCCUCGAUUCCGAGAAUUCUGUCUCAGACGAGCAGGGCGAUUCGGAUUUGCAGGGCAGACGCGGCGAUUCAGUUUGCAGGCGAACAAAGAGAGGCAAAUGCUCGAACGGAGCUCAGUGCUCGUGUGGACAGAAGGCGGAAAUGCUCGAAACGGCGCCUAGACGUUCGAAAAAGAGAGCUGGUCUGUUAGACCAAAAAUGCGCGCCUCCGUCGAGGAAGAUUUUGGAAAGUUGGAUUACUCCGCAGAUCGAGAAAGAGAGCAAGGCCCUUUUGCAGUGCUUCGAGUAUAUCUGCCAAAAAAAUUUUUUUAUUAGAUGAUUCGGACGUCUUUAUAAAAGAGGGAGUUUAUGCAUAUGUGUAUGUACAAGAGGAGUCACAAAAUUCUGCCUUUGUUCCGAAAUGCUCUCCUCUACAGUGGCUCUUGUAUUUCGUCGUAUUCUAUUCCGGUUGCACCGCUUAGAGUGUUUGUGCCGGUUUCCAUGCGCGUGUAGGAAUACUCUAUUUGCGGAAUUAUGUCUAUUGCGUGUUCUACGUUUUCUGGCAUUUGGCUCAUGAGGAGCGUUGUUUCUUGCUCUGCGUACUCGUCGUCUAUUUCUCUCAGAGACUUGACGUCGGCCGCGAGCACCUUUCUCAACAGCGCGAGUUGAGCUUCUUUCGUGCUGGCGACAGUGAUGCUGCUCUUGUGGCACAUGGGCUUGAACAUCUUGAAUAUGUAGCCCUGUUCGAUCAGGAAUUGCUGGCGCUUGGCCGAGUAGUACAUUUCCUUGGUGUCCUGGGAUACCAGGGAGUAGAAGAAGGCGUCGAAGGCUCUUCCGCUGACCUUUCUGGACUUUGGGCGGAGUAUCCUUCCGAGGCGCUGGGCUUCUUGCCUGCGAGAUCCGUAGUGUGAGCUGAUUUGGAUGAUGACGGUCGCUUCGGGCAGGUCGAUUGAGUUGUCGCCGAUUUUGGAGAUGAACAGCGUUUUGGCGUUGAGGUUGUACUGAAACGCCGAUAAGAGUCGCAUUCUGUCUGAGUUGGUGGUUCCUCCAUAAAUGCACGGUUUUCCGAGGGCUGCGGCGUAGGUUUUGAGCACCAGGAUGUUGUCGCUGAAUACGAGAAUUUUAUCGUUUUCCGCUUCGUGGAUUCGGAUCAGGUAUUCGCACGUUCUCAGCUUGUUCGGAUUCAUGGUGUAGAGCACCCUGCCUUGCCUGGGUUCCGCAAGAAGGUACUUUUUGAAGAAUUCCGGCGUCAUUGGACACGGGACCUCGGCGCAGCACACGUUGGCGAUGUGUCCGGCUUUGCAGAGGUCGAGCCAGUUGGCCUCGUACAGCUUGGGGCCGAUGAGGUACAGAAGGUGGUCGAUCAUGUCGUCCUCACGGAUGAGGGUCGCGCUCAGUCCCAGUUUGCAGUGCGACUUGACUUUUGAGAUGACCGAGCGAAAGGUGUUGGCCGGGACGACGUGGACUUCGUCCAAGAUGACCAGUCCCCAUUCCUGCUUCUCGAUCAGCUUGACGACGAAGCUCGAAUAGUCCGAGCGCUUCGUGCUGUGGGAGAGCAUGCUGUACGUCGUGAGGAGGAUGGAGCCGAGGUCUUCCUCGCAGGCUAUUCGAGUUUUGCCCCCGGAGACGAAGUCGACCACUUGGUGGUGAUUGAUGUUGCUCCAGAGCAAAAACUGGUAUUUCCAUUGCUGAACGGACAUGGUCGACGUGCACAGUAAGAGCGUUUUUUUUUUGAUGACGCAGCACGUCGCGACGCCCACCAGCGACUUCCCUGCUCCGCACGCGAGCGAUAUGAUUCCGCUUUUGACUCUGCCGCACGCGAACAUUUUUGCCAGGCAUUUUUUUUGGUAAGGUCGCAGAGUGGUGGUCGUCUUGAGCGAAAUUUGAAUGGUCUCGUUGACCGUGUCCUUCGAAAAGUCGUACUCCUCAAGAAGAGGGUAGUCCAGCUCGAUGAACCUGCGCUUCACCGUCUCGUACUGAGAGCUGUCGACUUCAAAAGAGUACGUCGUGAGAGUUUGCUCCCUGUCAUCGGCCGCGGCUUCCAGAGCGAACUGGUCGAGCUGAAUGUUCAGAUCUUCGCCCGAAAAGUCGAAUUCCUGUUCCGUCUUUUGCUCGGCGCUCUCUUCGACUUGAGAAAGGGCGACCGUGUCGAUCGUCUCGUCCUCUCUGAGUCGUUGCAGCAGCUCUCUGUCUUGACUGUGGACGAAGUGUCGAUUUUUUAUCAGCAGCGACCUCACCUUUCCGAACCGAUCCGUGCAUACCUUGAUAAACUCCACAACCACCUCCGGAAUGUCCACCUUGGACAGGUGGUCCAACUGGCGCAAGAUCGUACCCGUGUCCAGUCCCACCGACACCGCAGCGUACAGGGACCCGUGGUUGAGGACGUAUUGGUGCAUCAUUCGCGUCCGCGCGAGCGGGUGCGCCACAGCUAUCAGAAAAUCAUAAGCCUGCUUGUAGAGCGGAGAAAACGUUUCCAUGUAUAUUCUUCGAUCCGGGCACACCCACAGAGCUCUCUUCUCGUGGUCGCCCUUCAAGCAGAGCUUGCUCGAGAAAUCUAUGUAGUCUAUCUCGUGCUCUCCGUCCUCGUCCGAGUCAGGCGUCUGCUCUGGCGCGUCCUGCGGCUCGCUAUCAACUCUGAGUCUCUUAAGAAAUUUUUUCUGAUUCAAUUCCGACUUUUGUUCCUUUAAUUCCUCAGAACGCUGCGGCCGCUCUUCCGGAAACAACGCCGACCUCGUCUUCGCCAAAGCGCGUUCGGCGCCUCGAACCGGAAGUUUGGCUGCCUUCUUCUUGCACCGACGCCUCAAACUCGACUCGUCUGACGUUUGUUCAAGAGUGAACUCCUCGUCGAGCUCUUCGGCGUCGCCCAAACGCCUGGCCUUUCGGCUCUUCUUCCGGCCACGCGGACUGUCCACUGACGUCGGAGGGGACGCAGCGCCCUCCUCCUCUUCGCCCACCCCGUCGUCGAGCUCUCCGAGCGGCCGGACCGCGUCCUGGGACGGCGGUCCGUGCAAAGGCUUCGACCUUCCAGCGGAACGAGUCACGACGUGAUAGGGCAUGUGUCGCAACGCCCUUAAGAAUAUGUGUCGCGAAAGUUGUUCGAAAAUUAGAGAACUGCAAAAUUUCGCGCUGCAAAAACUUAUUUCGUGCACAUUUGUCUCUGCUCUUCUAACUAGCUCCCGCUGCAGCCGAGCGACCCAACCAUUCUGUCUCCCGUUUUCGCCUCGUUCAAAAGCAUGCAAAAAGCCUCUUCGGGGCUCGUCAAGGUAGCAGAGCCCGUUCUACUGUCGAGGAGAAGCGAAAACCCACUGACAAGAGUUAUAGACAAGGCAGCAGGUAUUAUAGAAGGAGUCAACGAUUGGAUUUGGGAAAAGUCGACUGAAAAGGCCAAACUCAAAGACGUCAUCACGUUCGCCUGUUUUCAAGAUGUAAGCUUUUCAUAUGAUAUUUGCAUUCCGUGCCUCUUGGUAGGAUACAACAACGGGUUUCAGGUGUGGGACGUGAGUGCGAACAAGGGUUCGACGAUAACCGAGAUUGCGUCGAAGCAAUGGAAAUGUGUGAAGUUUAUAAGGGCGAUUGAGCUGCCCGAUCCUGGAUAUAGAGACCAGACUGAGUCCGAUCCCUAUGCCGACAACCGCCCGCUCUUGGCCGCGGUGUCUUGCGUUGGCACGACCAAGAACCCGUCCAAAAUUUUGUCGCUGCUCGGUCUUAGGAACAACACGUGGAUGCAUCCCCUCGAGUUUCCCAAUUCAAUUACGGACGUGCGCUCGAACCGCUACGUCGUGAUAGUUGGAACGUGCGAUUCGAUGUUGUACUUGCUGAAUUCGUGCACAUUGGAGCUCAUAAAUCAAAUCGCGUGCUGGAAGGAUCAUAACCCGCUUUCUGGACCCGCGUUCGCGCUGGGGGGGCACUGGCUAGCUUUUCAGACCAGGACGGCGAGGAAGGGGUUAUACACUCGGGGCAGCGAGAGUUCCGUGUCAGGGGAGAGGAAGGCGGAGAUGAGUCGCAAGGAAGACAACAACAUUUGGAGCAAGCAAGAAAUGUUGGGAAUGGCGAACUAUUCUAUGAAGGAGGCGGUUUACGCAGGUUCCAAGAUGUUGCAUUCCCUGCGCAGCGUUUAUGUAAGUGGGUUUUCGCCGCCUAGUGUUUCUCAAAAUGAUUCGGUUCCCGGCAUGGUUGAAAUCGUCGAAGUGGAGUCGUUUUGUACCAUCGCUUUAUGGCAGGCUGGCCACAAGAAAAUUUCUAUGAUGGACUUUGACGCUUCCGGUCUUUUGUUGGUGACAGCUCCUGACGGUGGACAGAACGUCAAGUUGUGGAGCGCGUGCACUUUUAUUCAGAACCCGAUGAGCCAGCCAAUUCCUCUGUACACUUUAGAGCGCGGAACCACAUUGGGGGAUAUUACGCACGUGACGUUUAAUGAAAAUUCAACUCUGCUGGCUUUCACAUCCAAGCCCAAGGGGACUACGCACAUUUUUCCUAUCCUUCCGGAGGGUGGCGAGGCGGAUGCGAAUUCUCAUUUGUCUAGCAAGAAGACGGGAUUAGAAAGGGUGAAGGGUCACCAAAAGACGUUUCGACCCGUCAAGCUCGCGACGAUUCACUCGAAUACAGUCAGCAAUGACGUCUUUGCUGGGAUUUCGAAAAUUUCUGCUCUUCCUAAUCAGUCUGUGACCAGCGACGAGGAUGGCGAGAACGUUCACUGUGACUACGGUUGCUUUACCUUUCACGCAGACGGAGGUCUCAUCAGGCGGGAUUUGCACCUGCGCCGCGAUUCGUCCGUCUCUUCCGUUUUGGUCGGGGAUGUCUAUCCCAAACUUCGUUGGGAUUUGACUCGAACGUUGGGCUCGCCGGAGUCUUUCAACGUGGACUACCUCUUCAGGCCUGCCUCUCCUCACGCCGUAGACGGCGAUCUUGACGGCGCCCAUCCGCCGUACGACGUAGAAUCAAUUCUUUCUAACGUCGAAAUGAUCACUCACGCUAAAGACGGUGAAUUUUGGUGGCGAAGCGACAUGUUUUCGCUGUUUGCUUACGUUGUUCCCCCUACUUGGCCCAAGGAUAUGGACAAGUCGACCAAGUGGAGGUGUGACAGUAUCUAUACAGAGACGCCUAAGCGUCAACUAGAGGUACGAUCAAAUUUGGAAAAAAAGCUAGUUCAAAACCAGUGUUGUUCCCAGAACGACGCAGAUUUCCAUACCACGCUUAAGACGGCUAGCAAAGACCUUUUGAACGUGAAUCUUAGUUCUGAGCCGAAGGACAGUGGCUAUCGCGCCAGUGGCACUCGUUCCGGAAAUUCUUCGUCUAACAGUGGCGCCUAUUCCGACUACACUGACACCAACUCUUCCGAAGCGUCAGAAGAAAAUUUUUUAAUUGAUCAAUUCUUCGGCGUAGCUGGCAACAGCAGCAAUUCCAGUGGUGACCACAAAUGCGAAGAUGAUAAUACAGACAGUCAUAACAAUCGUCAUGCUACCAACGACGGCGACUACGGCACCGAAAACAACGGUGUCAAUAAGGCCGCUAACUCGAACUCGGAUUCUCAAUCUCUGAAUUGCACAAAGGCAAACCUAUUGAAAAGGCGGUCGUCGAACAAUGCCAAGUCAGCAGUAGCCAAUUCAAACAAAAAAGCAAGAUAAGAAGUGAUCACAUUUCUCCUGUCGACGUUGUAGUUCGAUCGUCUCCCAUGUACUUUUUCUCUGAUACAGCUGUUAAUAUGUGACUUUUUUUCGCACAUUGGGAAUA